AAAAUGGAAAGAGAACAAAAAUGGAAAGCAUGAUUGUCUUCUUCUCCGUCUUUCACGAGCCACGGCGUAUGCAGCCGCCCCGUUGUUUCUUCAAUCUUCUUCUCCGGCGAGCCUUAGGCGGCGGGGAUACGCAAUAAGUGGAUACAAAUGUCUUUAUUGUAUCAGGUACCGAUUAGGGAAAUUUAUGCUAAAGAGACGACCAGAGUUCUUCUUUCUUGCUUUGCUAGAUAUGUGCGUAUCUUGUGCAAUUCGCACAACUCGAGGUUAUCGUCGCCGUUUUCUACCUAUCAAGUUGUGCCCAAAAUCUCAUCAACAGAUAGAGACUAUAGUGCCAAUUCGAAUGUUGCACGCACGAACUGGCUGAUCACAAAGCUUGGUAAAGAAGGAAAAAUCGGAGAGGCACGUAGGGUGUUCGAGGAAAUGCCCGAUCGAGAUGUGGUCUCAUGGACUGCAGUAAUUACAGGGUAUAUCAAAUGUGGAAUGAUUGAGGAAGCUAAGAAGCUAUUUGAUAGAGAUGACGCUAUAAAGAAUGUUGUUACUUGGACAGCAUUGGUUAGUGGAUAUGUAAGAUUGAGCCGGAUUGAAGAGGCUAGAAGCUUGUUUGAUGCCAUGCCAGUUAAGAAUGUUGUUUCGUGGAACACUAUGAUUGAAGGGUAUGCGCGAAAGGGUUGGGUCGAUCAGGCUUUUGAUUUGUUUAAAAGAAUGCCUGAGAGGAAUGUGGUUUCUUGGAACACUGUUAUUACAGCAUUGAUGAAAAGGAGGAGGGUAGAUGAAGCUCAGGAGCUCUUUAACCAGAUGCCAGAGAGAGAUGUGAUUUCUUGGACGGCCAUGGUGGCUGGUUUGGCAAAAAAUGGGAGAAUUGAUGAUGCCCGUUUAGUGUUCGAUAAAAUGCCUGAGCGAAAUGUGGUUUCCUGGAAUGCUAUAAUUACUGGGUAUGCUCAGAAUACGCGGCUGGAUGAGGCCUUUGAACUGUUUGAGAAAAUUCCAGAGAGGGAUGUGCCUUCAUGGAACGCCAUGAUUACAGGGUUCAUUCAAAACGGCAAGCUUGAAAGGGCAGUGGAUUUGUUCUAUAAAAUGCCUAACAAAAAUGUUGUUUCUUGGACAGCAAUGAUUUCUGGACAUGUACAAGAUGGGCAAAGUGAAGAAGCAUUGAAGAUUUUUUCAGAAAUGCAAGCAGCCAACAAUGUAAAACCAAAUGAAGGAACUUUUGUGAGUGUAUUGGGUGCUUGUAGUAACUUAGCCGGUCUUUGCGAGGGACAACAGAUUCACCAGAUAAUAAGUAAGUCGGUAUACCAAGGAGUUACAGAUGUAGUAUCAGCUUUAAUAAGCAUGUAUUCAAAAUGUGGGGAGUUGGAUAUGGCUCGCAAGAUAUUCGAUGAUGGAUCGACGAGCCACAGAGAUGUAGUUUCUUGGAAUGGGAUGAUUGCAGCCUAUGCUCAUCAUGGCCAUGGCUACAAAGCAAUUCGUUUAUUUGAUGAAAUGCAGGCAUUGGGAUUUCGUCCAGAUAAUGUCACCUAUAUCGCGUUGCUUUCUGCUUGUAGUCAUGCUGGCCUUGUGGAUGAGGGGUUGAAAUACUUCGAAAAUCUCGUAAGAGAUGGGUCUAUAACACUAAGAGAAGAUCAUUUCACAUGCUUGGUCGAUCUUUUUGGCCGAGCGGGACGACUCCAAGAGGCAUUUGAUUUCAUCAAAGGGCUUGAGGAUAAGCCUUCAUCGUCUGUUUGGGCAGCGCUUCUUGCUGGAUGUAAUGUUCAUGGCAAUAUAGAUUUGGGUAAGUUAACGGCUGAAAAGCUUUUGGAAACAGAACCAGAGAAUGCUGGAACCUUUAUGCUGCUAUCUAACAUAUAUGCUUCAACUGGAAAAUGGAGAGAAGCUGCCAAAGUAAGGUUGAAAAUGAAGGAUAAGGGAUUGAAGAAGCAACCUGGUUGCAGUUGGAUAGAAGUUGAUAAUGCAGUGCACGUGUUCGUAGUGGGCGACAAUUCUCAUUGCCAAUCUGAAAAUAUUUAUCUUUUACUUCAUGAUCUGCAUAUGAAAAUGAAGAAGAUUGGUCAUACAUUAUAUGAAGAUUUAACAAUGGAUUUGAAUCUUGUGAUUCCAUGAGCCUGUAACUGGUAGCAAAUUUGCUUGGCCAACCAUAUGUUCUUCAACGUUGCUACACCCAGAGGUUGGUUCAAUUCCUAUGUUCAUCUCCAUAUCUCUUCCCUGCCAUAUUCACAGGCAAAUGGCAAGCAGGGAAGCGAGCGGCUUGUACUGAUGUGAUUGCCUCCACCGUCAACAACUAAGCUAAAUCUUGUGCGCCCUUUGUUACAGGUCUGUUUUUUUUUAGUCUAUGAACUAUGUUAUUUUAAGAAAGGGAUAUAGUGGGAAGCAAAUGUGAGAUCCCACGACAGUUGGAAAGGAGAACAAAUAAUUUUUUAUAAGAGUGUGGAAACCUCUCC